CAAUCUUCUAGGAUCUCAGCAGCAAGGACAUGAAGAGAGAUUUGUAUGUAGUUGCCCAUGUAAUUCGAAUAGGUCGCAUGUUGCUAAAUGACUCAAAAAAGGGGCCCCCACAUUUACACUAUCGCCGCCCCUAUGGCUGUGCAGUGUUGAGCAUCAUGGAUGUACUUCAGUCAAUCUCUGAAAUAAAAGAAGAAAAGGAUUUUGUUCUCAAAGUUUACACGUGUAACAAUGAAAAUGAAUGGUGUCAGAUCCAUGAAAACAUCAUUCGCAAGUCCAGCACCAAAUACACAGCACCCAGCUCCAACUAUGGACUUAUAAUAUCUCUUCAGCUUCUUCGUGGUGACAUGGAGCAGGUUCGGAGGGAGAACCCCAUGAUCUUUAACAAAGGUGUUUCUGUUACCAGAAAGCUGGGUUUCCCCGAUGUGAUAAUGCCAGGUAAACAUAACAGCUCUAAUCUUAAAACAUUGAUCAUGUUUUUUUCAUGUUCUCCUUAAACAAUCGUCAAAAAAUACUUUUCUGGAAGAAGGUUAAAAAUACAAGAGUUGUCAGUACAUGCCAAUUGCAGAUUCUGGGAGGCAUGGUGAAAUGGUGUGAUUUGAACGUUUUAAUUAGCGGAC